AUGGCAAAUGCAGACAGUGAGGUCAAAACUUUACUAAAUUUUGUAAAUUUGGCAUCCAGCGACAUCAAGGCGGCCCUAGAUAAGUCCGCUCCGUGCAGGCGCUCCGUGGAUCACCGGAAAUAUCUCCAGAAACAACUGAAGCGCUUCUCUCAAAAAUACUCCAGAGUCCCAAGAUGCCACACACACAGGUCUGCGGAGUAUAGGUGCGCCAAACCGAUGGGGUCUGUCCAUCAGAGUGUGGCAGAAAAGGCCAGCUCUGGUGCGCAGGAUGUGGAUCAACUGGGGAGCUCUGUGGAGCAGGUGCCUAUGAGGAAACGCCAGCUACCGGCCUCAUUUUGGGAGGAACCUAAGUUGACCCCAACCAAGAGGGAGCACUCAUAUUUAGGAAUGAAAAGGAGCCAUGCAGGCACAUCGGAGGGAACUGAGAAUGAAAAGAGGAAACGAAGUUGUGAUGAUGAUGCAAAGACCGCAAUAUCUGCGUGCAGCCGGCGCAGCUCGGCGGAUAAAGAGACGCUGAAACUGGACGUGACCUCUCACCACUGCGUGAGUGUGUGCGGCUGUUGCCCUUUCCAGUACCACGGACACCAGAUCCUUCACAAUCACAUUUUUGUCCCUCAUCCGCCCCUGGGAUUGUGGAGCAAAGCAGCAGGGACUGAGACGGAGAGAUCCGAGCAUCCUUAUGGACAGAAAAUUCACACGCACGUUGUUGUCAAACCCAUACCGACCAAGCCCACCGCUCAGUCACCAAUCUUCAGUGUGUUUGGAUUCAUUUAAUUAACUCUCUAAAUGAACCCAUCACACAAAACGCGUGUAAAUAGGACUAAUGACUUUCAGCGUUUCUCUUUCAGCAUUUUAAAUCGAGAUACUUCCUCCAGCACUUAUUGAAAUGCUUCAUCUAUUUUUGUCUUUUAAAUCUAAAGGACUAAAUUGCACUGAAUAAUUUCAUCAUCUUCACUUUCAUGCCAGUCUUAUGCCUGAAAAUUGACAGUAAGGUAAAAAGGUUUCUACUUUUAGGUGUCUACAGAGGAUGAUUGUUCUUUUUUAAAUAAAAAAAAAGUCAUAGAAUGAAUCCAAACAUCCUGUUUUAGUUUCCUCUUUUAAGUAUGAGAAUCGCCUUUCUUUGUCAAAGUAAUGUUUGAUAGGCACAUUUGAAACAAUGACUUUUAUUUUUAAAUAAAUGAUUCAACUUCCCUUAAAAACU